UUGCAAACUUUCUCUCCACCCAGGUUUUGUCCAAUAAGCAUGUGGCUCCUGAUCACCUGUUGCAAAUCUGUCAGCGCAUCGGCCCCAUGCUGGACAAAGAAAUCCCACCCAGCAUUUCAAGAGUCACUUCCUUACUUGGUGCAGGAAGGCAGUCUUUGCUACGUACAGCAAAAGACUGCAGGAACACAGUCUGGAAGGGCUCUGCCUUUGCUGCUCUUCACAGAGGAAGACCUCCCGAAAUGCCCGUGAAUUACGGUUCCCCACCAAAUCUUGUGGAGAUACAUCGAGGAAAACAACUCACAGGGUGUUCCACUUUUAGCACAGCAUUUCCAGGAACUAUGUAUCAGCACAUAAAAAUGCACAGGAGGAUUCUGGGACAUCUGUCUGCUGUUUACUGUGUAGCAUUUGAUAGGACAGGACAUAGAAUAUUUACAGGUUCAGAUGACUGUUUGGUGAAGAUUUGGUCAACACAUAAUGGCCGCCUGCUCUCCACACUAAGAGGUCACUCUGCGGAAAUCUCAGACAUGGCAGUAAACUAUGAGAAUACAAUGAUUGCCGCAGGGAGCUGUGAUAAGAUAAUCCGAGUGUGGUGCUUGAGGACUUGUGCCCCGGUUGCUGUGCUCCACGGCCACACAGGGUCCAUCACAUCUCUGCAGUUUAGCCCCAUGGCCAAAGGCCCCCAGAGAUACAUGGUCUCCACUGGCGCGGAUGGGACCGUUUGCUUCUGGCAGUGGGAUCAGGACUCGCUCAAGUUCAGCCCACGUCCCCUGAAGUUCACUGAGAAGCCAAGACCAGGCGUUCAGAUGCUCUGCUCUUCUUUCAGCGUUGGUGGUAUGUUUUUAGCCACAGGUAGUACUGAUCAUGUAAUCAGAAUGUACUUUCUGGGGUUUGAAGCACCCGAAAAAGUUGCAGAACUUGAAAGCCACACUGAUAAAGUUGAUAGUAUUCAAUUCUGUAACAACGGCGACCGGUUCCUGAGCGGCAGCAGAGAUGGCACGGCGCGGAUCUGGCGGUGUGAGCAGCUGGAGUGGAGAAGCGUUUUGCUGGAUAUGGCUGCCAGGCUCUCCGGGGACUUAUCUUCGGAAGAGGAAAGGUUUAUGAAACCCAAAGUAACAAUGAUAGCUUGGAAUCAGAACGAUAGCAUUGUGGUCACCGCGGUGAAUGAUCAUGUCCUCAAAGUGUGGGAUUCUUACACUGGACAGCUGCUUCAUAACUUAUUGGGACAUGCUGAUGAAGUGUUUGUUUUGGAGACGCAUCCCUUUGAUUCCAGAAUUAUGUUAUCUGCAGGACAUGAUGGCAGCAUAUUUAUAUGGGAUAUUACAAAAGGCACCAAGAUGAAACAUUAUUUUAACAUGAUCGAAGGACAAGGACACGGCGCCGUGUUUGACUGUAAGUUCUCCCCAGAUGGACAGCACUUCGCCUGCACAGACUCCCACGGGCACCUCCUCAUAUUUGGUUUUGGAUGCAGCAAACCGUACGAAAAGAUUCCCGAUCAGAUGUUCUUCCACACGGACUAUCGGCCGCUGAUCAGAGACUCUAAUAAUUAUGUCUUGGAUGAGCAAACCCAGCAGGCCCCGCACCUGAUGCCACCGCCCUUCUUGGUCGACGUGGAUGGGAACCCUCACCCUACCAAGUACCAGAGAUUAGUGCCGGGUCGGGAAAACUCUGCGGACGAACAUCUGGUUCCACAGCUCGGCUAUGUGGCAACAAGUGACGGGGAGGUCAUCGAACAGAUUAUAAGCCUGCAAACCAGCGACAGUGGCGAGCGGAGCCCCGAGGCCAGUGUUCUUGACGGAAUGAUCAGACAGCUGCAGCAGCAGCAGGACCAGCGGCUGGGCACAGGCCAGGACUCUGCUCCCGGUGGCCUUCCGCGUGGGGAAGAGACUCCCCGAAGAGGUUUUAGAAGACUAAGCCUGGACAUGCAGUCCCCUCCCAACAUCGGCCUGCGGCGCAGCGGGCAGGUGGAGGGCGUGCGGCAGAUGCACCAGAACGCGCCCCGUAGCCAGAUGGCCACGGAGCGGGACCUGCAGGCCUGGCGGCGGAGAGUGGUCGUGCCGGAGGUGCCACGCGCCAUAUUUAGGAAGUUGGAAGACUUCAGAAUAGAGAAAGGUGACGAAGAAAGAAAUCUCUACAUCAUUGGAAGAAAAAGGAAGAAUCUCCAGGUCUCACAAAAGGCUGGCCCGGCGGCUCUGCGGUCACAGUCCGGGCAGCGGACCUGCCGGCGCCGAGGCCCCAGUGUCCGUCGUGGGAGCCCGGGACGGCCCGAGUCCUCUUCCGGGGACGAGUCUUCCAGCUCCGCAGGACACGAGACCUCCUGUGAUCAGAGUGAAGGCUCUUGUUCUUCCGAAGAAGAAGAGGAGUGGAAGAGUGACAGAAGAAGUGAGAGUGACAGCGAGAGUUCAAGUGAUUCCUCCUCUAGAUACUCUGACUGGACGGCCGAUGCAGGUAUCAACUUGCAGCCACCUCUGCGGACCUCAUCUCGUCGACGAGUUACUCGAUUUUGUAGUAGUUCAGAGGAUGAAAUGUCUGCUGAGAAUUUGUCUCCUCCAAAAAGAAGACGAAAGAGAAAGAAAGAGAAUAAACCUAAAAGAGAGAACUUGAGGAGAAUGACUCCCGCAGAGCUCGCAAAUCUGGAGCAGUUAUAUGAAUUCCACCCUCCAGUUUGGAUAACGGAUACCACACUUCGCAAGUCUCCUUUUGUCCCUCAAAUGGGUGAUGAGGUAAUAUAUUUUCGGCAGGGUCAUGAAGCUUAUAUUGAGGCUGUCAGAAGAAAUAACAUCUAUGAGCUGAACCCUAACAAAGAGCCAUGGAGAAAAAUGGAUCUUCGGGAUCAAGAACUAGUCAAGAUAGUUGGAAUCCGGUAUGAGGUUGGGCCUCCCACGCUUUGCUGCCUCAAACUGGCCUUCAUAGACCCCGCCAGCGGGAAGCUCAUGGACACCUCCUUCUCCAUCAGGUACCACGACAUGCCGGAUGUCAUCGACUUUCUGGUUCUGCGUCAGUUUUACGAUGAAGCAAGGCAAAGGAACUGGCAGUCAUGCGACAGGUUCCGCUCCAUCAUCGACGAUGCUUGGUGGUUCGGAACGGUGCUGAGCCAGGAGCCAUACCAGCCCCAGUACCCCGACAGUCAUUUCCAGUGCUACGUCGUCAGAUGGGACAAUACUGAAAUUGAGAAACUGAGCCCCUGGGACAUGGAACCAAUUCCUGAUAAUGUUGAUCCUCCUGAAGAACUGGGAGCUAGUAUUUCUGUCACCUCCGAUGAGCUAGAGAAACUGCUCUACAAGCCGCAGGAUGGUGAAUGGGGGCAGAAGUCCAGAGAUGAAGAAUGUGAACGAAUUAUUAGUGGUAUAGAUCAGCUUUUGAAUCUUGAUAUAGCCGCAGCUUUCGCUGGUCCUGUCGAUCUCUGCACCUACCCGAAGUACUGCACCGUGGUGGCUUACCCGACCGACCUGUUCACGAUUCGGAUGAGACUCGUGAAUCGGUUCUACAGGCGACUGUCUGCGUUAGUUUGGGAAGUCAGGUACAUCGAACACAACGCCAGGACGUUCAAUGAGCCCCACAGUGUCAUCGCACGGUCUGCUAAGAAGAUCACGCACCAGCUUUUACGUUUCAUCCGGAAUCAAGAAUGUACAAAUAUCUCAGAACUUUCUAACACGUCUGAAAAUGAUGAGCAAAAUGCCGAGGACUUGGAGGAUAGUGAUCUUCCUAAAACAUCUUCUGGAAGGAGACUCCAUGACUGGAAUACAAGGAACAUCAGAGCUACUAGCUAUGUUGAAAACAACUGGAAGAAGCAGUGCAAGGAGCUAGUGAAUUUGAUUUUUCAGUGUGAAGAUUCUGAGCCAUUUAGGCAGCCUGUCGAUCUGGUUGAGUACCCGGACUACCGAGAUAUCAUAGAUACCCCAAUGGAUUUUGGAACAGUCAGGGAGACUUUGGAAGCGGGUAAUUAUGACAGCCCUCUGGAGUUCUGCAAAGACAUCCGCUUGAUAUUUAGCAACGCGAAAGCAUAUACUCCAAACAAAAGAUCAAAGAUCUACAGUAUGACCUUGAGAUUGUCUGCCUUGUUUGAAGAAAAAAUGAAGAAAAUCUCCUCUGAUUUUAAAAUUGGCCAAAAAUUUAGUAAAAAACUUCGAAGGAGCCAGAGGUUCCAGAGACGGCAGAACUGCACCCGCGCCAGCAGGGCGGACGCCAGCAGCAGAAAUAUCAAGCAGAGGCGGCUGAAAUCGCAGACGAAGGCGGUUCUGGACCUGGUCAGCUCUCCUGCCCGGUCAGCCUGCAGCCGAGUUGCGGGUCCCGCAGGCCGUGGGGCGAGUGCGUCGUCAGGGGCCACUUCCGACUCUUCAGAUUCUGCCGCUUCGUCCGAGAGGAGGAGGAGGAGACCCGUCCCGCUGACAAAUGGCUCCACGUUAUCUGAAAGUGAAAUGGAAGAUGCCUCAGGCUCGCCGUCUUCGUCUUCAUCCUCCAGCAGCUCUGACGACAGCACAGCAGGCGCGCAAGCUUGUGAGGCCGCCUCUCGUGGGGGCCCGGCCAGGGCCGGCAGCCUGCGGGUGCCCAGGACCAGAGCAGCCCAGCAGAGACGUGGUCUGGUGUCCUUGGAAAAUGGAAUCGGCCGAAAAGCCACUCGAAAGCGGGUCUAUCUGAGCGACUCCGAUAACAAUUCCGCAGAGGCCGGCGUGCGCCGGGCGGCCAGGGCCGGGGGCAGCCGGAAGGUGCUCCGCAGGUGUGCGGCCCUGGCCGCCGACAAGAUCAAGCUCAUGAGCGACGCCGAGGAGGACUCCAGCUCCGCCAGCGCCUGCUCUGGCCGGAGAGUGCCACACCGCAACGCCUCUGCCGUCGCCAGGAGGAAGCUGUUGCAGAACUCGGAGGACGAGCAGAGCGUGAAGUCGGAGCUGGAAGGCGAAGACCUGGAAGAGCAGGGCCGGUCGGCCCCGCUGCCCAGGGCCUGCCCUGCCCAGCACGCGGCCAGUGGGUCUGACAACGAGGAUUCCGAGUCCGAAAGCGAUCUGCGGUUCGCCCGGAAGAGCUGGCACGCCAACGGCUACCGGCCCCACGCCCCCGCCGCCUCCAAGGCGAAGUUCCUUAAAAUAGAGUCUUCCGAGGACGACUCCCCCGGCCACGGCUCAGACAGCGCACACGACGCAGCUGCUGGCCCGUCCACAUCUAGGCAGAGACUCCAGGCAGAGGGGGCCUCUGAGGAGCACGCAGACUCGGAGCCAGGAAGGCGUGCCGGAGGGGGACACCGUGCGGGUCACUGGAACGCUGCUUUCCUUAAAAAGGCGGCCAUUUUCAGUGACUCCGAGGGCGUGGAGUCCGACGAGGGGCACGGGGGCGGCCGGGGGCCCCAAACAGCGGGAGUGAGCCUGCCCUCAGGGCGCCUGCAGCCGGGCCCGCCGCUGGGGCCCCAGCGACUCCCAGAACACGUGUCGGAAACGGAUUUGGAUUCAGAUGACAGGACGAAAGGGAAACAGAGUCGUCUCACAAAAGAUCCUGCAUCGCAAGAGCAAGGACAGAGUAGGAAAGCCUCCAGGAAGAGGGUCUGCUCCAGCGGCUCCGACAGCAACUCCCAGACCUGCCCCUCCAGGACGUCCCGAAGACGAGCCCGUCCCGCUGCCGGUGACGCCAGCAGGGAGGCCGCCAGUGCGGACAGCAUCUACACUAGGAGCAGAAACGGGAGGAAAAAGCCCCCCCCCGCCGCGUGUCCCACAGCCAAGAGGACGGGGAGUGAUUCUGAAGGGGACGGGCAGGCUGCAGGGCCAGGUGGGCAGCAGGCCUGCCUGGGGGAGCCACCUGCAGCCACCCCAGAAAGCGGCCCCGGAGGUGCCGAUGAGGCUGGCGAUGCGGGCUCUGACUCUGGAGGGCUGACGGAC